AUGCAAUAUCAAUGGGACGAAUCUUCUAAAACCCUUACAGUCACAUCAGAUGACCCAAAUGUUGAAAGUACUCAAACAAUUCAUCAAAAUGAUGCUGUUCACAUCAGAAUUAGAGGAUCUAUUAAGAAACUUGGCAAUUUCAUAUUCAGUAACUAUACAAAUGUUGAAACCAUCGAAUUUCCAGAUUCAAUUGAAGAAUUAGGAAAUAAUGUUAUUACUUUUUCUCUAAUCACCGAAAUACGCUUACCUUUUCAGUUGAAAACAGUUGAACCUUUAGGACCGUUUGAAUAUAAUUAUAAACUUGAAAAAUAUAUAAUUAAUCCAAAUCACGCAAAUUUUAAAGUUAUUGAUGGAGUAUUAUACUCCAGAGACAUGACAAAAAUAAUUAGUAUACCUCCUAAUUGGAAUUCUAAGAUAUUCACAGUGCCUUAUGGAGUAAUUACGAUAUUUUGUUCGGCAACUGAUUGUUUACAAAAUAUCGAACAAUUAAUAUUCCCACAAACUGUUUCUUAUAUAGAAGGUAUUCUCUUCAAGCCAAAAGUCAUAAAAAAAUUUAUAAUUUAUCGAAAAGUUAAUUCGCAAGAUCAAAUCACAUGGGCUCAAACAAUCGAUGACUUUGCUAAUUCUUCUGUUCAAAAGAAUGAUAUCAAAUAUGUUUAUUCUAAUGUAUAUUCAACUUAUUUCAAAGAAAAUAAAACAGCAGUUGUCUCAACAACAAAUAAUAACAACAAAUAUGAAUAUUCAGAUAAUAUCCUCAGUCAUGAUACGAACAUCAACACAAUCAUAUAUCCUAAAUCUGUUGACAAAAUAUCAUCUUCUUGUUUCAAACCAAUGAGUCAUAACAGUUUUUAUAUUCAAGACUUCACUGGUUACACAACAAUCACUAUCAAAAACCAUCUCUACACUACAUAUUGUUCUAAUUAUCUUUCCAUUCACUUUUCACUAUCAUUCAUUCUUCUUUUAUAA